AUGAGGCGCAGACCCAAGACACACCUCCCUCUUCUGCGCAUCUCCUUCUUAUCACGGCAGCAUACUUUAUACUAUAGCCGCAUCUUGAAACGAGAACAAAAUGUAAAACGCAAUGAGGGGCAUUCUCCCCCGGAGCAGGUGCAUCGCAGGAUGCGCCUCUGCGUUCGUCCAGCAGGAGCUGCGGAUGGUGCUUUUGCCAUAACACCGCGUCCGAUCAACUCUCUGGCAGUACGGUUGGUGUUGAUCACGAAUCCGGCUGAAGGGUGCUGA